UCUCUCUACAAUGAAGGUGUUGGUUUUGAAGAUCGUCUGCCUAUUCGUUCUAUUCUGUCUCACGCUCUUACUUUCUCUCAUCCCAGUUAGACUCAUCGCAACGAAACGACCGUCUCGCUGCCGCGAACUCUGUAUUGCCUUCUGCGGCUGCUUCGCUGGCGGAGUCUUCCUCGCCACCUGCCUUCUAGGCCUACUGCCGGACGUUAGAAACACUCUGAUGGACGUAUCAUGCGUUGGCGGAUUCGGCAUGGACGCAGACUAUCCCAACACAGAGCUCUUGGUCGGAACCGGAUUCUUCCUCGUUCUAUUCAUUGAACAGACAAUAAUGAGUCGCAAAGGUGCGAGAAAGAAGGCGAGUCGAGAAUCUAGAAAGGUCACUAUUAGCCUUACAGACAUGGGCAGACGGCAAUCGUGCGACGCUUUUCGAUGGCCGCUUGUGUUUUCUGACGGAAGUGAGAACUUGUUGGAUGGUCAUGAUAUCAAUUACCAACCUACCGGUACAUGCCACAGUCAGACCGGUUUUCGGUCAUAUAUUCUGUUGGUCGCAUUGUCGGUGCAUUCGUUGUUUGAGGGUCUCGCUCUCGGGCUGGAGGACAACGAGCGUCAUGUCUUGCAGCUGUUUUACGCACUGAUUGCUCACAAGUCGGUUUUAGCUUUCUCACUUGGUGUCAGCUUGGUGAUGUCUAACAUGGUGACGUCACGCUUGGUAAAAAGUUGUGUUUUAUUCUCUGUUGUUUGUCCCUUUGGGAUAGGCAUUGGUUUGAUAAUUAUGGAGUCGGCAACUAGCUAUUCGAGUCAUCUAGUGGCUGGGCUUCUUCAAGGCUUGGCUGCUGGGACGUUUCUCUAUGUUACCUGUUUUGAAGUGAUGGCUCCGGAAUUCAAUAAAGAAUCGAAUGAUUACAGAAUCUGGAAGGUUCUCCUCGUCGUCAUUGGCUUUGGGUUAGUGGCACUUGCUCACCUGUUUCAUUCACAUCCAUUCGGAUCAUUGAAUGGACACAAAGACUGGCAUCUGUGUGUUGUCAAUGUAACUAAUGAAGUCUAGAUAGAAUUGCAUAUAGUGUAUUUUUAAAAGGAAAUUGCAUUAUUUUACAGUA